GCCAGCGGCCAUGGCGGAUGGAGACGGCCUCAUUUCAGUGGACUACGAAGUGUUCGGGAAAGUCCAAGGCGUGUUUUUCCGCAAAAACACACAGACUGAAGGAAAGAAAUUGGGUGUCGUUGGCUGGGUGCAGAAUACUGACUACGGCACUGUGCAAGGCCAAAUCCAAGGUCCUACUUUCAAGGUGCGACAACUUCAAGAAUGGCUUCAGAAGACCGGAAGCCCCAAGUCCCGCAUUGACAGAGCUGAAUUCCGCAAUGAGAAGAAGAUUGCUCGUUUAGAGCAUAGUGACUUUUGCAUUGUCAAAUAAUAGUUUAGUUUUUAUAUUAAUUGUUUAUGUGCAGAUUUAUUCACUUUUAACUAUAUAUUUAAAUUAUUUUUUUACAUUGUGAUUACAUUGGUUACACUGAAUGUUCUAAGAACGUGAUGUGUUAAGAGUUGUUAAUAAAGUGUA